AGCCCUGACCUCUCGUACGCGGGUGGGGGGCCGCCCGCGGCGGGGGCGCGCGCGGCGCUGCGCCGCGCCAUCGGGCUGCCCCGCGAGGCUGGGGGUCAGCGAGGCGUGCGCCUGCGGCCGCAGGUGCGGCUGCCUCGUCCCCUUCGGCUUCGGCUUCGUCUUCCUUGGACGCCACUGCCAUGGUGACCGAGGCCGGCUGACUCCCGUCAUAUUCUUCCCGUACCUCUUCAGUGCGGAGAUGUCUUCGCAAUGGGCGAGCAGCUAUCCGUGAAGCUAUCUGUGCUUCCUUUGUGCAACGAGAACCGCGGUUGCCCCCCGGUGCCACCUGGCCUCAUGCCACCAGGCUGCUGGAAGGGCGACGCCGCGUAGCCCGAUGAGAAGUUCGAGGUGUCCGAGGUAGUGGCCCCUCGGAUGACCUGACCACAGUCCCAUUGGCGUGCUCAUCGAGGGCACGGUGGGCUCUCCAGGCUUUGAAUUUGCGCUCACGCGGCUGAGCAUCGAUGAGGUGAGUGAUUAUCUUCCUGGUGAUGGUGAUGGCGACCACGCUCCUGGUGUUCACGUUCCUGGUGGUGGUGCCCAAUUUUCUGGCGAUGGUGACCACGUUCCUGGCGAUUGUGCCCUCGUUCUGGUGCCCACGUUCCUCGUGAGGUUUGUCGUGAGCCUCUGACUGGGGAUGGUGACCACGUUCCUAGUUCCCCUCACGACACGGACCCCGAUGAUACGGAUGAGGAGGAACAGUCUGAGACCAAGGAGAGCAAGGAGGCGCCCGAGGGCAUGGGGAGGGAGACCGAGGGCGUGGAUGACAGGAAGCCGACUGGAGAUGCUGCUGCCGUUGGUUCUUCGGGAGGCGAGCCUCGAGGCGCCGGGGGGCAGUUGCUGUGUGAAGCCGAUGUUGCUCCGACUCUGGAAAUGCGUGGAGGCGCAGGAGACGUUGACCUUCCGCUUCAGGAUGGGGGGUCCGAUCGCGCUGGAGGCGAGGGCGCUGCUGGACCCGAUCGUGCUGCUGGAGGCGAUCGUGCUGCUGGAACGCAUGCUUGUGCUGCUGGAGGCGAUGUGGCUGGAGGCGAUCGUGGUUCCCUUCCCGAGGCUUGGCUACGCCUCUGUGCUUGGCGUGCUGGGGCCAGCUCUGGCCAAUUCGUUCGCCUUCGCUUACGCCUCGGCCGUGUCGAAUCUGCUCGUUGUCCUCACGGCGAGCUCCAAGCAGUUUGACCUGGAGUGCCUGGAUCCCACGGCGCGCGUCACGUAGAGGUUGAGGACGGCGGAGGGUGGGGGGACGAAGACGGGAGUUUGUCCACAGGUUCGGUUGACACCAUUUGAUUGGGAGCUCAGGGCGGCGACGAGCAGUGUAUUGGCGAUUUCAGGAUGGCCAUCUCGGAGAGGAUGCUUGCAACCGUGAAGCGGCUGUACAGUCUCAAGCACGGCUUCGGCGUGGAUUUGAGCGAACAAGCAUCGUGAGACAGUGAGCCUGCCAGUUCAGUGCUGCCUCCAGCUCUUAUUUUUCGUCUUCUUAGGACAUGUGCCUGUCAUGGUGGAGGAGGCGGUA